UACUUCCAAUGGCGCGGCGCCUGGCGCCGCUCUUUCCCCUGGCACGCGCGCGCACAUCUUCAUGGUCGCGGCACACGGCAGUCGAUUGGGUGCCGGAGCCGACGCUUUUCAGGCGUGUUGGAAACACGCGGCGCUAUGCAUCGCGCUUCCCCACACCCGUGAAAGAUAGCAGAAAUUGUAACGUGGACCUCUACGACGAGGUCUUUCGUCCCAUGGGUGUCUCCAUGAUGCAAUACGAGCGGCUCAUGAGCUUUGCCAGCAAAUGCAAGGCGAGUGAGGGCUCGGUCGUGGUGAAGGGAGGCGAGCCGCACACGAGAUUCUGCCUACUGACCUAUGGCGUGGCCGUAGCACACAAACAUCUUCCCGAGAGUCCUGGAGAAGUGGGCCCUCCAAUUUGUGUGUACAUGGGUCGCCUGACUCCUCGCCAGAACCUGUCCGAGGAGGUGCGACAAAAGGGCCCCGUCCGUGGCUCGGUGGUGGGCGGCUCCGCUCUAGUGGAGCCCAAUGUGACGUCGAAAGCCUAUCCAGCUGACAUUAUCGCAGCGGAGCCGACGGAGUGGUUGGAAUGGGACUAUGAUGAUUUGCAACGGAUCAUUGAUGCUCCUGGCUGGCGAGCCGUGCAAGCAAGUUUCUACCAUUUGCUCUAUUUGGAGCUCCUUGGCACCCUGGAUCGGGAUCGCGCGUCCAGGAAAACGGCCGAGGCGCAGCUAGAUGCGACCAAGACCAAAGUGGUGCCGGAGAACAAGGGACCUCCCAGCACCAAGCAGUUGGCGCAGCUCUGUUUGUUCGUGGCCGUGCCCUUUUUUGGCUUCGGCUUCGCGGACAACGCGAUCAUGAUCGUCUGCGGGGACUUCAUCGAUGCGCAGUUCGGCGUGAUGUUCGGCCUGACCACCAUGGCCUCAGCAGGCUUGGGCAACUGGCUCAGCGACACCAUAGGCCUGGGCCUGGGCGAUGUCAUCGAGCGCACCGCGGGGAAGAUGGGUCUGAGCAAUGGCAAUUUGUCGCCCGCGCAGGAGCGCAUGCAACCGGCGAAGCUGACAACGCUGGCGGGAAAACUUAUUGGUAUCACCCUGGGAUGCUUUGCAGGCAUGGUGCCUUUGCUGUUCCUGAAACCCGCCAAGGUGGAGAUUCCCAAAGAAGACCUAGAGGUCUAUGAGUCCACCUUCAUGCCCUACGGUGUCUCCACAAAUGCGUUCGUGCAGCUCAUGAAGCACGCGGCACGGCGCCGGCAGGCCCCAGGCCACGUCAUGGUGAAGGGCGGCGUGCCGUUUCCCAAGGUGAUUCUGCUCUUGCGAGGAGAGGCCAUUGCCAUCAAAGUGGGCGAAGACGCUUCGGAGGUGCCCUCGCUGGACGGCACUGGAGAUCCAACCCACAAAUACCUGGGGCGCUUAGAGGGUGAUGAGCCCAGCAGCUCGCCGGUGCUGCGAAGCCUCUGCUCCCAUGGAUCCGUGGUGAAUGGCACUGCUAUCUCGAACCCCGCCAGGGUGGAGCAAGACUAUCCCAGUGAUGUGAUUGCAGAGAGCCCGGUGGAAUACUUGGAGUGGGAGUACAAGGACUUGAUGGAGAUCAUGAAGGAAGACGCCAGUAUUCAGGCGAGUAUCGUCUCGCUGCUCUUCCAUGAGAUGGUGAGCUAUGUCUCCACCAACAAUCCUGCUCAGAGAAGUCGGCUAUACAAGGUGCUGAUGAUGGCAGUUCUGGCCGAUGGAAAAGUGGAUGAAUCUGAGAGAAGGCUCCUGAACAAAUACAGGGAAAGUCAUCGGAUCUCAGAGCAAGAACAUCUCAACGUCCUGGAAGAACUGGACUGGACAGAGGCGGGUUGGCGCCGCGGCUGGAUGCACCCGGAGAACUUCUCGGAACAGGAGAUCACGGAGAACCACACCUUCCAGGAAGCGGCUCUGGAGUUGGAAAAAGUCCAUCUGAUGCUGGGGCAGAUCCUGAUGAAUCUCAGGCCUGAUCCGCCCAAGCCAGCCGUCCAGUGAGAUUUGAGCGAAGGGAAGGCGACUUUUUGUGCCAAGAAAUUAUGCUGCAAAACUUGAGGAUUGGAACUUAAUCCCAGGGAUUUUUCGAUGUUUUGGCCAUGGACAUGUGUUUUUUUUUCCCGG